UCAAGUGUGCGCAGGUUGUGAACUUUAUGGAGUCACUCUCUUAAUAUUGGAUAUUUAAGAAGCAGAAAACACUGUUAUGAAACAAACUCUCUUAUAUCUGCUGGUGCUGCUAUUAAUACGCAGAUCUCGGUUAUGCUGGUGCAGCCGUUAACACACGGUUCAGGUAAUCAAAAAGCCAGCUCGCCUACAUGAUGUUUAAUUAUGGGUGGGUCGCAGGUGGAUAAGUUCAAUCAUUGGUUAUGCAGACCACUUUGCCUAAAAUAUCAAAAAGUUCAAACGCUUAGAUUAAACUAAAGCGAAACUGACCGAUCAAUGGAUGUUUGUCAUAAAGAGUGAUAAUAUAGGCUGCUCUUUUAAUUUUGAUCAUACAGUUAACAAAGAUUCAAUAUUCCAAACUGAAUAUUUCACUUUUAUUUUAUUUAUAUUACGAUUGUAUUUAACAGACCAGUUUGUGUUUUAGCCGCAGCAUAUAGCGGACCCUGAGGCACAUCGCUUCACCUCAAAGUUUAUUAGUUAUUCUUGUUUAUUUUGUAAAUAACUGACAGACAAAAACUAAGAUACAAAUUGUACAAAACUAAAUUUGUUCAAAGAAUAUUUUUCUUCUGACAAAAAUAUAUGAAUUGUAUAUUUUUGUGCGUCUCCAUCCGCUACACAACUGUGCAGUGUUUGUUUCGCUCCACGGAAAAAGGAUUUAAUUAAUGCUCCACUGUAAUUGCUGCUACACAAACCCCUGUGAUAUAUUGGCUACAUGUUUUUAUAAAUUUCCUGACACAAAAUUAUUAUAUGCUAUAGCCUACUUUAAAUAAGUCAAAAUAUCUGUGAUUGUUGACUCAUCACCGGUCGCAGCAUGCACGUCUGUUUAUAGCUUCUGUAAAAAAAGACCUACAUUUGACCAGCCUUUUAGCAAAGCCUAUAUUAAUAUACUGAUAUUCCUGUGCCAGUUUGAUAGUUUAACUACUUCACAACACUCCGUCACCUGAACUCAGCGCGAGGGAGAAGGAGAAAAGUGGAUAGGUAAAAGUGUGAGGUAAAAUCAUAUUCUCAAGUCAUAAUCUUUAAAAUAAUGACUUGUAUUAAACAUGUUGAUAAAGGGACUGGGAUAUAGAAAUUACAGCGGUGCGUUAAAAAUGCUUAUUUUCUGUGGAGCGAUUGAUUUAAGUUAGUAGGCCUGCUUUAUUAAGAUGAGCUUAAAAUAAAAACAGCCUAUGCUGGUUAUUAAAAAGGAUUCAGUGAUUUCGUUUUGUAAUCUAAAUUUGUAAUUUAGGUGGAAAAUACUUAGGUCAGGCCUUUUAUUCCUUUUAUUUCAUUUAUUCAGUUUUUUACAAUCCUGAAAGAUUCACAAGUAAAAAUAAAUAAUUAACUAAAAUGGGCGGUGAUGACGGUAAUAACCACAUCACUGCAUAAUCUCAUUAUGGCGGUGAUGCGGUUAUCGUCACACCCCUAGGUGUGUAUGUUUUUGUGUUUAGCUUUUGCUAUUUAGCUCAUCCAGACAGGCAACAUUCAUUAAAGCUAAUCAGAUAAUCAGAACAUUAGGUAACCAUGACUGUGUUAGUUAGCAUGUGGCUUUAAUGAUGUAUUCGAUGGAAAAGUCACAUAAUGUUGAAAAUUGUGGAUAAUGGAAGCCAAGGUUGACCCUCUCAGUAAAAUGCUUCAUUAAAGACUCUAAGAUGGCUAUUCAUAUUCAUAAGUGAACACUUUAUUUUGGUCUAGUCAGAGAUGUUUUAGCUAGUUAAAUUGUUCUAUUCAAUCCUUAUCUAACGCUUUAAAGAAACACAUAGCUGAUUAGUCAACACACAAUAAUAUUAAUGAACAUUUUAAUAAAAUCGCAGAAUGAAAAUAAUCAUUUAUACGUGCUUGAUUCUCAAUUCUGUGUUAUCACCCUAAAAUAUACACACUUAUUUUCAUGUUUUGUGGUUUUUUAGUUCAGGAGCUUGCUUUUCUACUGACAUUCAGAAAAAUCUUCAAUGUAUCUUCAAACUCCACACAGAAACGCCAACUGACCCAGCCGAGGCUCGAACCAGCGACCUUCUUGCUGUGAGGCGAUUGUGCUUAUCCACUGUACAUGUGUAGUAAAUUAUAUGUGUGUGUGUGUGUGUGUGUGUGUGUGUGUGUAUGCAUUCAGUUGCUAACAUGAUGCAGAGUCUUUACAAUACAGCAAACUAAAAGAAAAGAUCUGUCUGUUCAAAACUCUAUCACUGAUAAUAAAAAGUAUUUGCUCGAGGUGAGAACAUUUCUCUUCUUCUGGAUCUAUGGUGUGCCAACUGUUAUCUUUGAAAUUUCAUUUUCCAAACAAAACUGGUUAUAGUCUAAAGCAUCAGUUUUUUGACCAUUUUAGCAACAAAAAUUUGUACUUCAGAUGAAAAAUGCAGCUUUUUAAAAUGGUUGUAGACAUUUGAUUGGCAGGAGGGAAGGACUACUUUAGCAAUAAAAAGAACAGGACACAAAGCUGAAUGAUCACUGGUGUGUGUGGGGGUGUGUGUGACACUACUGGUGUACACAAAAAUACUGAAUUUGGGUCUCGAUUUGAUGAGCAGAGAUUCUAGCAUCAAAAUGAGCAAUACAAACCAAAACAAGGGCCACAGCAAUAGUUUCAAAACAAACACAAGAGCAAAAUUGCUGGAAAAACAUGAAUUCACCAUAAUAAAGGAACUCGGACAAGGGCUUUCAGGACGAACAUUUCUGGUGAAAAAUACAGAUGGAGAUCUUUUCGUGGUCAAAGAGGUCAACUACAGAGAUAAUGAGACUCACAACAGAGCCAAAAAUGAAGUCAGCAUCCUAAAGAAGCUUCACCAUGGAUAUAUUAUUAUUUAUGAGGACUCAUUUGAAGAUAUAGAAUCUGGACACUUCUACAUUGUUAUGGAGUACUGUGCCUGGGGAGAUCUUCACAACAAGAUGCAAGAACAGAGAGGUAUCGGGUUUUUUGAAGAACAACAGAUCCUUGACUGGCUGGUUCAGAUUUGUCUGGCUCUGCAGUAUAUCCAUGAAAACAAUGUUCUUCACAGAGAUGUAAAACCUCAGAAUGUUUUCCUUACUGAAUAUGGCUACAUCAACCUAGGAGAUUUUGGAUGUGCAAAAGCACUGAUGAGAGCUGAUGCAUACGCACAAACAGCUGUGGGCACAGAGCUCUAUGUCAGCCCAGAAGUUUAUCAUCGACAGAAAUACAAUUCCAAAAGUGACAUAUGGUCAUUUGGAUGGCUGCUCUAUGAUCUCUGCAUGCUGGAUGCUUGGUCAAACAUAAUAGAGCGUCGUUGUCUUCAUGCCAACAGCAUGGCAGGAACCAUUCCUGAAAUCUCAGAGAGGUACUCGGAAGAUCUACAGAAACUGAUCAAACAAAUGCUCAACCGUAACCCCAAAGAUAGACCGUCAGCUGAUGAGAUCCUAGCCAAAGAAUUCCUGAGAGAGGCAGUGAACAAAAACGAGAGAAUUCCAGAAGUGCUGGAAAAAAAGUUCAUCAAAGCUCUCGGUGCCUUCAAUAAGGUCUAUAAUGUAAACUUUGAAGGUUUUAAGGCUUUAGUUGAUGAGUGGGGGGAAACAACAGACUAUUUAGAGGAUGUGCUUUAUAAAACCACAGCAGGCAGUCUGUCAGGAGCAACAAUUGGAGCAGCAGGAGGAAUCACUGCAGUGGUUGGUGCAAUUCUGGCACCUUUUACUUUCGGAGCGUCUCUGAUUGUAGCAGGAGUUGGUAUUGGAGUUGGAGUUGCAGGUGGAGUAACAGGUGCUGCCUCCAACAUUACCAAAACAGCAAAACAAAAACAACUCCGUGAGAAGAUUGAAAAACUGAAGCAGGACUAUCAAAGCGUGAGCACACCAAUUCUUGAUUCACUGAAAACAGUGAGGAAGUUAAUGAGAAAAAUCAUGAAGUUCAGUGUUUUUGUCCCCAACUCAACUUUCGAUAACGCACAAAUGGCAUGGAGGUUAGGCAGAGCAGGAGUUGCCGGUGUCGCAGAAUUCAUUACUCUGGGAAUGCUGGCAAGUUUUGGCAGGAUUGCUGUUCAGUCUGCCAAUAUAGGACGAGUAGUAGCAGCAGCUUCAGGUGUGUUGAGUGGAAUCCUUGUUGUUGUUGACGUCGUCUUCAUAGUGAAAGACUCCAGAGAGAUUCAUGAGAUGAGAAGGCACUGGAGAAAUGAUGAUCCAGAUAAGGUCAAAUCCAGUGUGCUCAAGUCAAUCGCACAGAUGAGGAAAACACACAAAGAGCUCUGCAAAGUCUUGGAGGACAUUCACAAAACAAGACAGGAACUAAAUGACUACAUAGGACAGACAUCUAGGACAGACAUUAGAAAGCUUCUCAGCACAUUUGCGAGCGCACAUCAGUGAGUGUACUUGCCAUCUGCUUGUCUCUUUUGCGGUCUUGUGUCUAGUGUUGUCGUUUGUGUAGCGCACGGUUCAUGGUUACAUGAGGCUGUGUGCUUCUGAGUUGAGUUUUUUGUGAGUACGUAGCUGACGAGUUUUGCCAUGUGUCCUCUUCUUGUCUUGUAUGAGCUCCUUUAUGCUGUACGUUCCUUGAGUAUAGAGUGGAGGAACUAUGACGUCAAUUUGUUUGCAAAACCCCGGAAGAGAGUUAGCAUUUUAGCAGUUCCGGUUCCCUCAUCCCAAAGUCAAUGGGUUUUUUGAAUGCGAUUUCAGUAAAAUCGCUUAAAUAAGGUUUGUGGCAAACACAAACUCAAGAUAAUUUUACAUUUUGUUCUACGACAUAAAACACAUCAGUUACAUCACACUCUUGAGUUUUUAAAUCGGUUAUGGUUCUUUAAAAAGACUAUCAAGUUACUAAACUGGACUACAGGCAGUGUCGGAGACAUUAAACGUCAUUGAGCUGAACUGGUCUGGAGCGCAGCCCGCUUGUGUUUCGGGCAUUUGGAUUUGGCUGUUAUUUAGGCAUUUUCAUGAAUAGUGUUUUAUAGUUUGUAGUAUUUUUCUAAUUGAGAUUUCAUAUUGUGUGUAGAUAAUAACUUGUAAAGGCAGUCAAGACAGAUUAAUUUGUUGAUCAUUUAUUUUAA